CCUGCCAGGAAGUUGUUGGUAUUCGGGAAAUAACAAAGAGACAAAAACAGGCAUAUUAAUCUCAAAGCAACUAAACACGGAAGAUCUAUUAAACGCGUAAGGGAUCUGGACUUAAAUACUGAAAGACUAUGGAUUAAUGGAGGACUAAUCGAUGGAGGCGGAGAGAAGUUUUGGUCUCCUCUGGGUUCUGCUACUGUUGGGCAUAACAGGCGCUACAGCCAGAGAAGUAUGUCUUGGGACAGAUAUGAAGUUGGCUUUACCCUCCAGUCUGGAGAAUCAUUAUGAGAUGCUCCGGCUGCUGUAUACAGGCUGUCAGGUGGUUCAUGGUAACCUGGAGAUCACUCACCUUCAGGGCUCGCCAGACCUCUCAUUCCUGCAGGGUAUAGUGGAGGUUCAGGGUUAUGUGCUGAUAGCUCACGUCUCAGUGCAUUCAGUUCCUUUGGACAGUCUGCGCAUCAUACGUGGCAGUCAACUCUAUAACUCGAGCUACGCUCUCGCUGUACAUGACAACAGUCAGCGCAGUCAGACAGGACUCGCUCUGAAGAAGCUACGCCUCAGGAAACUCACAGAAAUUCUGCUUGGUGGGGUUUAUAUUUGGGGAAAUCCUCAACUGUGCUUCCCCCAGAAUAUUAAGUGGAAUGACACUAUCUGUAAAGUUCAAAGCAAACCGUUGCACCUGCAAGAAGUCCCAAAGAACUGUCCUCUUUGUUCUUCAGCAUGCAGUUCUGGUGGAUGUUGGGGAGAAACGGAUCAAGACUGUCAAACUCUGACCUCUGUGCAUUGCUCAUCUGGUUGUUUACGCUGUAAGGGUCUGAAUCCCAAUGACUGUUGUCAUGUGCAGUGUGCUGCUGGAUGCACAGGGCCGAAAGACACUGACUGUCUGGCCUGUCGUCACUUUAAUGACAGUGGGGCAUGUAAAGAUAAUUGCCCCCUGCCCAACAUCUAUGACCCAAUCACCUUCCAGUCCAAACCCAACAAGGACAAAAAGUUCAGCUUUGGAGCUUCAUGUGUAAAACAGUGUCCACAUAACUAUUUGGCCAUGGUGGUGGCGUGUACCAUGGUUUGCCCCAAAGCUAACCAGGAAGUCAUUACUGUUCAACCAGAUGGACAAGAAACACAGAAAUGUGAAAAGUGUGAAGGAGAGUGUCCUGAAGUGUGUUAUGGGUUAGGUAUGGGAAACCUUCAGGGCGAGUCAGUUGUGGACGCCACCAACAUUGGCAUGUUUGUUGGCUGUAAGAAGAUCUAUGGCAGUUUGGCUUUUCUUUCGGACUCGUUUAAAGUGAACGCUGUUACCAAUUCAUCUGGACUGCAGCGGAGUGACCUAGAGAGAUUGAAGACUAUAGAGGAGAUCACAGGAUAUCUGUACAUUGAUGCAUGGCCAGAUUAUUUGCCUGAUCUGAGUGUUUUUGAAAACUUGAGGGUGAUCAGAGGAAGAAUGCUUUACAAGGGUGUUUUCUCUUUGGGAGUCCAGUCUUUGCAGAUAGAGUCUCUCGGGUUGCGUUCAUUGCGCAGUGUCAGUGGGGGUUUAGUUCUGAUUCAUAAUAACUCUAGACUGUGCUACACCUCCUCUCUUCCCUGGACCUCUCUGCUACACCCCACACAGGGACCGAACCUCAUCAGCAACAACAACCGAGAUCAACAAACAUGUGUUUUGGAGGGCAGAGUCUGUGACCCCCUGUGUGCUGAGGCGGGCUGCUGGGGGCCGGGACCCGGUCAGUGUGUGUCAUGUGUCAAUUACAAACGUGGGACCGAGUGUGUGGAGCAGUGUAAUGUCCUACAUGGGUCAGUACGGGAGUUUGUGGAUGGUUCUGUCUGUGUCUCAUGCCAUCCAGAGUGUCAUGCAGUCAACGGCUCUACCUCCUGUACAGGCCCUGGUCCAGAUCAGUGUAAGGAGUGUCUGCACUUUCAGGAUGGAGAUAUGUGUGUGGAGCGUUGUCCCAGUGGUGUAAAAGAGGACCAGCACACUGUUUGGAAAUUCUUCAAUGCUACAGGACACUGUCUGCCCUGUGAGACCAACUGCACACUUUCGUGUCCAUUAGAUGAUAGGGGGUGCCCCAUCCAACAGAAAACUGGGCCUGCUACAACCAUUGCAAUCACAGUUGGUGGUGUGUUUCUCUUCAUCAUUUUGCUGGCUCUGCUGGUGUUUUACCUGCGCCGACAGAAGCACCAGAAGAAAAAAGAAACCUUAAGAAGAAUUCUACAAGAGCACGAGUUGGUGGAGCCUCUGACUCCAAGUGGAGCGAUGCCCAAUCAGGCUCAGAUGCGCAUCCUUAAAGAGACGGAGCUUAAGAAAAUCAGAGUGCUAGGAUCUGGAGCCUUUGGCACAGUCUAUAAGGGUAUCUGGGCUCCUGAUGGGGAGAACGUUAAGAUCCCGGUGGCCAUUAAAGUUUUGCGUGAGAACACCUCGCCCAAAGCCAACAAAGAAAUCUUGGACGAAGCAUAUGUUAUGGCAGGUGUGGCGAGUCCGUAUGUGUGCCGUUUGCUGGGUAUCUGUCUGACAUCUACGGUUCAGCUGGUCACUCAGCUCAUGCCGUACGGAUGUUUGUUGGACUAUGUCAGGGAGAACAAGGAUCACAUCGGCUCACAGUAUCUCCUCAACUGGUGUGUACAGAUUGCUAAGGGAAUGAGUUACCUUGAAGAAGUGAGGCUGGUUCACAGAGAUCUUGCCGCUCGUAAUGUUCUGGUCAAAAACCCAAACCAUGUGAAGAUUACAGACUUUGGAUUGGCCAGACUGUUGGACAUAGAUGAGACUGAAUACCAUGCUGAUGGGGGAAAGGUGCCCAUCAAGUGGAUGGCGCUUGAGUCCAUAUUACAUCGAAAGUUUACUCACCAGAGUGAUGUAUGGAGCUAUGGUGUGACUGUAUGGGAACUGAUGACCUUUGGAAUGAAACCGUAUGACCAUUUACCGGCACGGGACAUUCCAGAACUUCUGGAGGGUGGAGAGAGGCUCCCUCAGCCAUUAAUCUGUACCAUAGACGUCUACAUGAUUAUGGUCAAAUGUUGGAUGAUCGAUCCUGAUAGUCGACCGCGAUUUAAGGACCUGGUGGCUGAUUUCUCCUCCAUGGCACGGGAUCCCCCUCGUUAUGUAGUCAUUCAAAAUGAUGAUCAAAUGAGUUUGUCGAGUCCCGUUGAUAGUGAGUUUUUCCGCACUCUAAUGGCAGAGGAGGGAGGGAAUGUGAAAGAGUUACUGGAUGCAGAAGAAUAUCUGGUGCCCCAACCUGGCAUCUUCAACUCACAAGGAGAAAUCAGAGCCAACGGACCCAGCAGACACCACUCACACCAGAGCACAGAUCAAGGCUUAGAGAUGGACGGUAUGCGAAGUGGGAGGGGUUUGUAUUCCUCUGUCAGCACUUUGGGGCAGAGUCAGUACCCAACCCUUCCUGUGGGGGCAACAGCCAAUGGGAUGUGGGCAGGGCCACAGUACCCCUCACUUGUACGGAGCAUUUCACACCGUUCACCCAUGGGCCAAUCAGACUCUGUGUUCCUGUAUGAGGGUGUGGAAGAAAACAUCUCUCCAUCCAGUCCUGGACGCUACUCUAAAGACCCCACCAUCCCCAACGGCAUCGAUGGAGAGUUGGAGAACGACGGUCCUAUAGCUUUCCUUUCACACACACUACCACGUGGAGCGCACACACAACCUGAGUAUGUGAACCAGGAUGUCUCGUCAGAGCGUCCCAGCACCCUUCCACGCAAAACGGGUGAGAGGCAGUUCAUUAAAGGUCUGUGUACUGGGCACAGUGUGGAGAACCCAGAGUAUCUGGUACCUGUGGGCAACAGGUCACCCACUUCACCCUCCUUUGACAAUCCCUACUAUCAUGAUAUUGCAGCUAAAGUUAAGGCAGUCUCUGGAGUGUCCAUGAAUGGCAGUCUAACUCACAUGCAGCCCAAUGGCUACGUGACCUCCACAGCAGAAAACCCAGAGUACCUUGGCUUAGCAGAGACAUGGAGUGGUGAAGUUGAGUAUACUUGAGUGAAAUAAUGUGGUACAGCAAAUUUGUGAAUGUAAUGACAAGGUGUAUGAGUGAAUGAAUGAAUAAUGGCAUGUAUUUUGUGAAGGACGUUCACGCCUCUGGAAAUGGUUUCUCGUGACUAUAUUCUAAAACAUCACAAAACCCAAUGUAGCAUUUUGUAUGGGAGUUUGAACUUGAAGAUGGAUGUGUCUUUGCCACAACAAUCUGCUUUAGAAAUUCUUCUGACAAAAAAUGUGGCUAUUUAGUGUUUUUUUUUUUUUUUUUUAAACUGUUUGAAUGAUGACGAUGUUAAAUAACACUGGAUACAACAAUAUGUCUUUUGAUAUAACUAUAUGGCUUUAAGUUUGGGAUUUAUUUUGGUUAUUUUGCUAGAAUAUUACAUCACACCUUUUUCUGAAGGUUCAGUUCAAUUCACAAUCGGAAGCAGACACACUUUGGCUUUACAGACUGCUGUGUGAGAGCAGAACUGGUGUGUAGCAAUGGUGUAACUCUUGAUCACAGCUCGACACAAUCAAAGCCGUUGUGUAUGUGAAGGCCCUGGGUGAGCAGCUUGACUACAGUGCCAAUGAAUGAAAGAGACAUCAUUGCCACAGGAAACAAGCCCUUUUGUGUUCAGCAGUGAAAGAGAAAUUAAGAUUUAUCACCAUUUCUCCUCAGUAAUAUAUCCAGGUUUCCACACCUGUUUUUCUAUUUUAUUUUAUUUCCUUUUUGUUCUUAAGAGAAAUGACUAUCUUUAUUAUGGACUUGGUAGCAGUUGUACAGUGAAAUGAUGAUUUAGCCUAUAUGUAGAGCAAGGUGGUGAAUCUCACAAAGAAAUGUCUUGAGUCAUUUUUUACCUGAAAAUCAAAAGGACAAAAAUAAGAAAUCAUAUUUUGCAUAAAGAAAUUGAAGCACAUUUUAUGACUAUUGAGAUUUAUUUUAUUUGUAUACAAUUAAGCAAAUUUUCCAUGCAUAUUUGCAUUAACGUAAUUUCUAGGCAAUGUUC